AUGGCCAGUAUGGAGAAAAAUCUUAUUGAACUGGAGAUGGAAGUACAAUACAUCAAUCUUGACAUAAAUGGUGAAAAACAAGAACAGAAGCAAACAGAAACAACAAACCAGUCUGUGUCUCACUGGGAUGUGCAAUUACCUGAUAUUAUUUGGUUACAGAGGCAUGUAAAUGUUAUGGCAAUAAAUUUUCCUCUGACACAUUAUUUGCUCUCUGAAUACAUUUCAGCCAGUUUGAAAGUAUGGCAUGAUUUUAAGGAGAUUUGGCUGCUUCUAGCAGAUCAAGGAAAGAUACAGAUCAAACAAGGAUUGGUUGUAAUACAUGAUGGAAGAAAUCGUGUUAUUACAGCCAGGUUGAAACUCACAGAGGGGUUACUGUCAGUUCAGAAGGAAGAAAUUGUAUGUACGUCAGCUAAUAGCCAAGAGAACAAAAUACUUAAUCAGGUCAGACUUGUUACAAUCAUCAAAGAAGCUGAUGAAGGACUCGGUUUAAGUGUAAAAGGUGGUGCUGAACACAAAUUACCAGUUCUUAUCUCCCGUAUUGUGAAAGGCCUUGCUGCUGAUCGAUCUGGUCAACUAUUCGUUGGAGAUGCCAUUUUAAAGGUUAAUAGUGUUAGUGUUGAAAUAGCAACUCAUGAUGAAGUGGUACAAGCCCUGAAGAACGCCGGGGAGAAGUUAACAUUAACCGUGAAACAUUUCAAGCAAGCAUCAUAUUUUCUCAACAGGGGCCAAAUGCAAGAACAAUCAACGCCAAGCAAACACAACACAUCCGGUUGGUUACAACUCGAAAAGCAAUGGGUUAACAUGACAUCCAUUCCACUCCUUUAUGCUUACAUAACACGAUAUAUGGCAGGAACUGACAAACUUCGACCUAAUGCAUUUGAGGUUGUUGGAGUCGAUGGUGUAACUUCUGGUGUGGUAGUAUGUGAAGACACAAGAGCCUUAGCAGAAUGGAUUCAGUGCAUAUCUGAAGGAAUUAAUCACCAAUUUCGAAAUUUAAUUUCCAAAUGGAACAAAAUGUUAAUUCCAGAGGAACAGAUAUUCCAUGUUUGUUGGUGUUUUGAAAAAGUUCAGGUCAACCGACAAUGCCAAGCUUGGAGAGCAAAAUUUCUUGCAUUAAAAGGAAGUGAAAUAUUCUUGUUUGAUACUCCUCCUGCUGAUCUGCGAGACUGGAAUCAAUGUGAACGUGUGUCAAAGGUUUAUGAAUCAAUGUUCAAGAUUCUCAAGGACACAGAGUUAACUGAUGACCGCCAACAUUGCUUUAUCAUCCAGACUGGAAGUGGUAGUAGUAUUUAUCUUAGUUUGGAAAGUCGUUCUGAAGUGCUGCAAUUAGAAAAAGCUUGGUACCGGACCAAUCAUCAUGCUGUGAGCCUACUAAAGAGUAAAACAUUUGGCUGUACUUGGAGGAGUUGUCUAUCAGGGUUAACAUUAGAUAUCCAUGUUGGUUUUUCCCUAUACGACAGUGAAACACGGAGUUACAUGUGGACAUAUAGAUUCUCUCAGCUGAAAGGUUCCUCUGACGAUGGCAAAUCAAAGUUAAAACUAUUAUUCCAGAAUGAUUCUACUAAGUUGAUUGAAACAAGAGAAAUAGAAUGUACAAACUUGCAGACAUUGCUAUUUUGUAUACACGCUUUCCUCUCAGCUAAGUUAGCAUCGGUGGAUCCUGGCUUCCUGCAUAAUUUCUGACAGUUUGAAAACAUUUUUGCUGUAAUCAACCAAUACAACCUUAUGUUUUGUCUUACUGUCUUGUUCCAAUGACUGGUGACAACUUUUUCAACUUUGAACCCAUUGAAACACUAUGUGCCACUUAGUGUCAUUCAAGAAGAAAGACUUAACUUGUUUCGUCCAUAGGGAAACCAAAGCUGUGUUUGUUAUUCACAAUCUGAACACAUCUCGUCAGUUGAUAAUAUCAGUCCUAGCUAAGGUUGCUAACUAACACCUAUUCCCCAUUUCUUCCUUGUUUUUUUUUUGUUUAUAUUAUUAUUAUUAUUAUUAUUAUUAUUAUUAUUAUUAUUAUUGUUUUACUUUCCAAAGCUUCUGUUUGAAGCUACAAGUUGCUGACCAAAAAACAAAAAAAAGAAAAGACUUUUAAUCUCUCCCAAAACAACAACAAAAACAAAAUUUGUUCCUGUAUAUUUUUGUAGAAAAUUUGUUAAAGAUUAUUUGGAGGUUAAAACAAAAAAAAAAAGAAAAAUGGAGCAUUUGAUUUGUUGAGACAUUCUAGCUAAAAGUUUUUAAAAAUAGUGAUUGUUUUUUGUCUUUGAACAAUUACCAUUUGAUGUAAAAGUGUAAUUGAGACUGCAAAGGUUGUGUUUGAUGAAAUAUUCUAAACAGUUGUGUUGACUGUAAAUUGUAAACUGGUGUGAAGAACCAAUAUCUUUGGUGAUUACACAUGUUACUUGGUGAAAUAUUAUAAAAUAUUGUAACCCUAAUAAUAUCUUCUAAAGCCAUUUCUAUCCUGUAUUAUUUGGUAUAUUAACAUACAGUAUGAACCUAUAAUAUAUAUAUAUUUAUAUAUAUAUAUAUUAUAUGCCAGUACAUUUCAUUAGCAUUUUCUCAUGUGCAUGUAUGCAUGCCCAUAUCAAGUAACAUGUCAAAAGUAUGGAACAAAUAUGGUUGCUACUACAAUAAGCAGAGUUGAGCUUAUGUGGGCUGCAGAAAAUAUAUUCAUGGAAAUCUCUUUAAAAUAAUUGACUCCCCUUAAUUAAAAAGAAAAUGAAUGAUAAUCUAAUAAUCAUAUAAGCUUCUUAAGAAAUGUUCUAAGGAGCCUUUUGUCAUGUUGAAGAAUUCUGAAUCUCAUUUACUACAUUAGACACUGAUUUUUUUUUACAUUGCCACACAUUCUCAAAGGGUUCAGGUCAAGGUACUAUGCUGGCCAUGUCAUUUGAGAAAUAUGUUUAUUACUUUACAUUUUCACUGAGCUUUCUGCUAAGAUCUAUGGGAAGUGGCAUUUAACAGCUUGGUAGAUGAAUGGGUUAUUCCAAAAUAUAUUAGCAACUACUUGCUACAAACCAGUGUGUAAUUAUCCUGUGUUAUAUUUAUAUAUAUAUGUCAGAGGAAAUUCACUUUAUCUGACCCAGUAAUAUCAACUCCACCAUAUGUGGUACAUACCCAAAACAUAUGGCUUACUUUUGUAGGAAUUCUCUCUUGGUUCAAAAACAAUAUGGUUUCCAUUUCUAAUAAGGUUUUCUCUAAGCAAAAUCAAAUUUGCUUUUUCCAAUGACGUUUUGGAUUUUUCUUCAGAAAAGUUCCACAUUCUGCCAUUGGUUCAUUGUCCUGUGUCCUUUUAUUAACCUUGCACCAUAAACUCGCCUCUGACCAGACUGUUGACUUUUCUUUUUAACAAACUGAGAAAGGCUACCAAAUUUUGCAAUUCUUGUAACCGUCCUCGUAUGAUCUUCCAUUGAGCUAUUCUCAUGGAAACAAGCUGAGGUUCUGUUUUGUUAAAUACUCAUGUAUUACCAUUACAAACAUUUAAAAUUAUUCUUUGAGUUUCUUUUAUUAAGUGUAAAUAUUUUCCAGUACCCAUCUGGUUAAUACAGCCAGUUGUGGCUCACCAUUUUGAGGGCUAUUUUUUAACCCUUCUUCAUCUUUCAAAUUUCUUCAGUAUCUUUGUCAUGGUAGACAGGGAUAAUGACAUGUCAAAUACUCAGGCCAUUUCUGGCUUUAUAUAGUAUCAGUAUCCCAUUUCAUAUCAAAGAUACAAUAACCUUACUCGGACAUCUAUUGUCAGUUUACCACCAUCCGCAACCCCCACCACCCCAGUUACAACCACUAGAUUUAGAUUAAGCAUGUUUACAUUAUGUGAAAUUUAUCACCCACUCAUACCAAUGUCAUCCAUUGUAAAAUAAAAUAAAACAAUAUCACAUUUCA